AUGGCGGACCCCGUUGAGGCGGUCGCCGCCAGCACCGCCAAGCUCCAGCUUGACGAGGAAACUGGCGAGAUGGUUUCUAAGGGCGAGCUGAAGAAGCGACUGGCGAAGCGAGCAAAGAAAGCAGCCACCGAGGCUAGGAAAGCAGAGGCGGCCACCAAGCCGGCUGCCGAGAAGAAGGCCGCCGCACCUAAACCUAAGGAGAAGGUUGAAGAGGUUGUGAUCGAUACCCAGGCUAUGUUCAAACAGGGCUUCCUCAAUGAAGUCUUCAGCAAUCGGCCGAUGAAGCCAGUCAUGACUAGAUUCCCUCCAGAGCCUAAUGGCUUCCUUCACAUCGGUCACGCGAAGGCAAUUGCUGUCAACUUCGGUUUUGCUAAAUACCAUGGCGGCGAAACAAUAUUGCGAUAUGACGACACAAACCCCGAGAAAGAAGAGGAGAUAUACUUCACGGCAAUCCAGGACAUGGUCGAGUGGCUUGGUUUCAAACCCUGCAAGAUCACCUACUCAAGCGACAACUUCCAACGGUUGUACGAUUUAGCUGAGAAACUGAUCACGCUUGACAAGGCCUAUGUCUGCCAUUGCGAUGAUGCCGAGAUCAAGCGCCAAAGAGGAGGCGAGAAGGGCGAGUCACCACGAUACCGAUGCAAGCAUGCCGAUCAGAGCGUGGAGGAGAAUCUUCAGAAGUUCAGAGAUAUGCGUGAUGGAAAAUACAAGCCAAGGGAGGCAUUCCUCCGCAUGAAGCAGGAUAUCACAGAUGGAAACCCUCAAAUGUGGGAUCUGGCAGCAUACCGAGUCUUGGAUGCAGAGCAUCACCGGACCGGUGACAAGUGGAAGAUUUACCCGACCUACGACUUCACUCACUGUCUUUGCGACUCCUUCGAAGGCAUUACACAUUCAUUAUGCACUACCGAGUUCAUUCUCAGCCGUGUCAGCUAUGAGUGGCUCAACAAGACUCUUGGAGUUUACGAACCUCAGCAACGCGAAUAUGGUAGGCUUAGUCUCAGCGGGACCGUUCUGUCGAAACGAAAGAUUAUGGCCCUUGUCGACAAGAAAAUUGUGAGAGGCUGGGACGAUCCGAGACUUUACACGCUGAUCGCCAUCAAGAGACGAGGCAUACCACCCGGAGCCAUUCUCGAGUUUGUCAAUGAGCUAGGAGUUACUACUUCACCCACCGUGAUCCAGAUUUCGCGCUUCGAGCAGAGCAUCAGGAAGUACCUGGAGAGGACAGUACCUCGGCUGAUGCUGGUUCUGGACCCAAUCCCUGUCGUGAUAGAAGAUGCAGACGAACUUGAUGGGACGGACAUAUCGGUGCCUUUCUCUCCAAAAGACCCUAAGAUGGGCGACCGCACAAUCAAGUUUACCAAGACACUAUAUAUCGACAGCUCUGAUUUCCGAGAAGUUGAUAGCAAGGAUUACUUCCGACUCGCCCCUGGCAAGACUGUCGGUCUGCUCAACGCUGCCUUCCCUAUCAAGGCAACGUCUUUUACUAAGGAUGAAGCCACCGGAAAGGUCACGGAAAUUCGCGCAGUAUUCGACCGUGAGACCAAGAAGCCCAAGACAUUUAUUCAGUGGGUCGGCAGCGAGGGCUCCGGCUCUCGCCGAUGCGAGGUGCGCGUUCACAAUGCCCUUUUCAAGAGCGACAAUCCCAGCGCGGUGGAUGGUGGCUUCUUGAAUGACUUGAACCCAGAAAGUGAGACGGUGUACCCGAACGCGAUUAUUGAGUCUGGGUUCGACGAGGUGAAGAGGCGCGCCCCAUGGCCCGAGGCGGCUGGCGAGAGCGAGCUUGGAAAGGGUGGUCCCGAAAGCGUUCGCUUCCAAGCCAUGAGAGUGGCAUACUUUGCGAUGGAUUGUGAUAGCACAGAUGAUAAGAUCGUGCUGAACAGAAUCGUGUCACUGAAGGAGGAUGCAGGCAAGAAAUAG